UCAAUUCUCCUUUCUGAUCAAUCAAUUACACUCCACCUUUCAACUAUGGCUGACGUUCUUGUUUCCAAAGUCUUGGAAGAACUAACUUCAAUCGUUGCUCGAGAGAUAGAACAAGAGGUGAGGCUCGUUGUGGGUGUCAAGAAAGAAGUUCAAAUGCUGACUACCAAAUUCCAGCUCAUCAAGGGCGUGCUGGUGGAUGCCGAGAAUAGACAAGUGAAGGAUGAUGCGGUCAAACUUUGGAUGCGGGAGCUCAAAAACAUUUCCUACGAUAUGGAUGAUGUGCUAGACGAGUGGACCACUGCAAUUCAGAAAUCCCAAAUUAUGGGAGAUGAACGUGUUUCAGCUGAGAAUAAGAGGAAGGUACGCUGCUUAAUCUGCUUCUCUUGCUUUCGUUGUAGAGAAGUUGGUGUACGUCGUGAUAUUGCUGUCAAGAUUAAAGAUCUCAAUGCAAGAUUAGACAUCAUUGUUGAUCAACAGCAUGCGUUCAACUUUGUUAGUUUUCAAAAGGAAACUAAACAAGUAGAGCGAUUUACAACUACAUCUUUCAUUGAUGUAGCAGAGGUCAAAGGUAGAGACCAGGAACAAAAAGCAAUAAUGAAGAAGUUGUUGACUGAGAGUAGCCAAACACCAAGCCUCCACAUCAUCUCUAUUGUAGGGAUGGGGGGAAUUGGAAAAACUACUUUGGCCAAAUUAGUCUACAACGAUGAUGAGGUGAAAACCCAUUUCGAAACGAGAAUAUGGGUUUGUGUAUCGGAUCCCUUUGAUGAGAUUAAGAUUGCCAAGGCGAUCCUUGAAUCUCUCACAAAUGAGGCUCCAAAUUUGCAUGAAUUGCAAACUAUACUGCAAAACAUACGCAAAUCUCUAGAAGGGAAGAAGUUUCUUCUCAUACUUGAUGAUGUGUGGGAAGAAAAUUCUGCAAAAUGGAUACAAUUGAAAGAUUGUCUCAAAUGUGGUUCACCAGGAAGUAGAAUUUUGGUGACCACACGUAAGGAGAUUGUUGCAAGUGCAAUAGGUUGCAUUGACAUACACAAAAUAGGACAAUUGUCCGCAGAAGAUUCUUGGUUUCUAUUUAGUCAAAUUGCAUUUUUUGGAUGGAGCAGUGGAGAGCGUGAGCCACUCGAACACAUUGGUAGGAAAAUUGCAAGCAGGUGCAAAGGAUUGCCUCUUGCAGUGAAGACUCUAGGAAGUCUUUUGGUCACCAAAAAAUCGAAAAGUGAGUGGCAAACCAUCAUGGAUAGUGAGGUGUGGGAACUAGAAAAUGCUGAAGUUGAUAUUUUUCCCCAUUUAUGGCUUAGUUAUAAUGAUUUGUCCCCACCAUUGAGGCAAUGUUUUUCUUAUUGUGCCAUUUUCCCCAAGGACCAUUUGAUGGAAAAACGAAAACUGAUAGAGUUGUGGAUGGCACAUGGUUAUAUUAAGGAAACAACAAAAAAAGACAUGGAGACAAUUGGUGAGGAGUAUUUUCAGAAUUUAGCUUCACGCUCUUUCUUCCAAGACAUCAACAUAGAUGACAAUUUCUAUGACAUUUCAUAUACAUGUAAAAUGCAUGACAUAGUGCAUGAUUUUGCCCAGUAUAUUAGGAGGGAUGAAUGUUUUAGCAUGGAGGUUAGUAGCUCUGUUGAGUCAAGUAUGGAAUCUGUCAGUAAUGAAGCACGUUAUUCGAGGAUAGUGCUUGCAGGAAAAGGCUCAUUACCGGGCUACUUUAUGAUGCAAAGAAACUACGCGGCCUCAUAGCUCAGUUCGAAGGAGGUUUUGUGGUCACUGCAGUGCUAUCUAGUUUUUUCAAUGAAUUAACUUGUUUGAGAUCUUUAGAUCUAAGCAAUCGUCACAUUGAAGAAAUCCCACCUACAAUAAGCCAAUUGAUACAUUUGAGGCAACUUGACUUGUCUUCUAAUGAUCAUCUGAAGUCGUUGCCUGAAACAUUGUGUGAAUUAUAUAAUUUGCAAACCUUAAAUGUUUAUGGUUGUAGGAAUUUGGCAAAGCUGCCCGAUGGUGUUAGAAAACUCGUUAACUUAAGACAUCUGCAUAUUCGUGGUACAGGCCCUAUUCUUAUGUCGAAAGAAAUUAGGAAAUUGAGCUUUCUUAGGACAUUAGAGUGGGUCCAAGUUUUUUAUGAUAGAGAAGCAUUCUCUCUUGGGGAUCUGGAAAGUCUGAACCUUCUUCAAGGAUUGCUUAUGUUAUCGGGCCUAGCAAAUGUGGACGACAUGGAUGAGGCUAAGAAAGCACAACUCAAGAAAAAGAAAGGAAUCAACAGAAUGCGAUUAGCUUUUAAUGGAAAGGAAAGGGAAGGGAGAAUACGUCACGAUGAAGAAUUGCUUGAAGUCUUAGAGCCACACGCUAAUUUGGAGACUUUAGGAAUACAUGGUUAUGAAGGCUCAGUUUUUCCGGAUUGGAUCAUGUCACUGCUUAAUUUGAAGCGUGUUUAUCUCACACGUUUUAAAAACUGUGAGAAAUUACCUCCUUUGGGAAAGUUACCAUUCCUUGAAAGCCUUGUAUUGGAAGAAAUGGAACGCCUGAAAAAGUUGGGCGUUGAGUUUUUGGGAAUUGAAACUUCAAGUCAACAAGAGAUUUCGUCAUCAGUCACCGUCUUCCCCAAAUUGACAACACUUGGAUUAGGUCCCUUGAAGGAGUUGGAGGAGUGGGAUGAUGGAAUGAACAAAAAUGGAGAAGAAAAUGUUACCAAUUUUACAAUCCUGCCAUGUCUUUGUUCUCUCUAUAUUUGGCAUUGCCCAAAGUUGAAGUUGGAGGCGUUGCCAGAUUACCUUCUCCAGAAGAUGCCUGCAUUUCAAGGCUGCUUAACAAAAGAGGAAAGGAGGGAAAAGGCCAAACAAAUCUUACAUCUCUAACCAUCAAAUAUUGGUAAUGAGCAUGUGCAAGGAUGAGACACCAACAGAUUCCAUGGGAUUAGGUCUACGUUCUCUCAAUAUUUUGGUUUGCCUAAAGUUGAAGUUGGAGACGUUACCAGAUUACCUUCUCCAGAAGAUUUCUGAAUUUCAAGGCUGCUUAACAAAAGAGGAAAGGAGGGAAAAGGCCAAACAAAUCUUGCAUCUCUAACCAUCAAAUAUUGGUAAUGAGCAUGUGCAAAGAUGAGACACCAACAGAUUCCACGGGAUUAGGGCAAAUGGGCAAAAUCUCCUUGGUCAAUCAAAGCAAUUGCGUCUUCAUGUGCAAAUCCUUCAUUGCCAUUAUGUUAUAUCCUUCACUGAAUCUUCCUGCUGCAACUAAAUACUCAAUGUUAGUUCAUACAUUUAAUAGAGAAUGCGCAAGUUCAAGGCGCCUUCCACACUGAAAUUGGUUUUAAAGACUAAAUGGAUAAAUACAAUUUAGCCAGUUAAGGUAAAAGCCAUGUUAAACAAUUGCAGAUUUCUUGUUUCUUUGUCCCUUCUUCUUGCUUCACUUGUACCUCAGCUAUUUUAUUCCAUCCAUGAAUAUCUUUGCUUCAAAUGCAGGGUAAAUGAGCUAAAUCUACCUAUGGUGGAAUUAAGUAAUGAGAUCUUCAUUCGUGGUUCUAUUCAAUGGAGUUGUACAGGAAUCCUUGUUUGUCUUUGGAUUAGAGAACAGUACAUCAUUAUUGUAUUCUUCAUUUCUAAUUUGUGUGUGCGACAAAUGUGUGUGUGUGUGUGUGUGUGUAUAUCUUAGAAAGAUUCAUGGAUCAAUGCAAUUUAGUCAGUUACGCUGGUUAAACUAAUUGUAGACAUAAGAGGGCCUUCAAACGAGGUUCAAAACCUUGGGACAAUUGUUACAAUUCUGUGAGAAAUGCCAUACAUUUAUCAAUCA